UAGGUUAUAUUUGUUCAAUAAUCAUAUGCGGUUACAAGUUUUUAAGCUCUUUUCAAAACUGUAAUUUAAAUUCUUGUCAAAUUCAUGAUUGUUAUUCAAUAAUCGUAACAUACAAUCGUUAGUUGGAGCAGGUACAAUUUUUAUGAAUAGUUGGUGUCAAGUCGCUCCAUUAUUGAUUUGAUGAAACUAUAUACUUCUUUCGCUCGAUCGUUCAGUUUUCCUUAACAAGAUUAUACUUCAAAAACGGUUUCUGUUGUUUCCCAAAAGAACAAAUCUUAGACCUUGAACCAUAGGUAAUGAGUUAACAAUAGAACUGGUAAGGAAGCGAUUCUGAUCAUAAUCCGCGGAUUUUUUUUUCCUAAUUCUGGGCUAAAAUUUUGACAUAAAAUAAAAAAACAAUAUAUCUCUCACUACAUCACAAUCUCUAUGUACAAAGUUAGUAAGUUUGUUGACAAAUAAAUUUUCACUGCUUUCUAAUAGAAAAAUGCUCAAAUCAAAUGUUGACCAUGACAUAAUACCUGCUAAUAAAAUUUCAGUUAAUAAUGCCUCUAAGAAGAAGAACGAAUUCAUUUGUACUGUUGAACUUUUUAUAAUACAGAAAUAUGCCGUUUGAUUAAAAAUAUUUAUUACAUAUGGUCAUCAACAAACAAAUUCAACAACGUAAGUUUCUAGUUUCAAGUUCAUUAGUUAAAAUACAUUUUCAAAAUGACCGGCAUGCCCCCAGGCUCCUUUCGGCGCAAAAGUUCUACCAAGACCCUCGAAAAACGAGAAUUCAGUAACGAAUAUCUAAAUUGCAAAAAUUGGUUGGAUAAAAAAAUCCAAAAGUUACUAAUGAAUCAGUCUUCAACAUCACCGGGACAACACGAGGCCGAUGCACCCGAGAAGGAUACUUUUCAAGGAGUCAGGGUGAGAAGGAUGAUCACGAAGAAGAGUAUUUGCACGUUCAUCGACGGACUCCAGCAAUAUGGGAUCGACCUGGAGUACGCUUGCCACCUCUUCUCUGGAGUGUUCAGAACGAAGGCGAAGGUCGUAGGGCCUGAUGAGAUCUGCAUCAACGGUGACGUGCUCAACUAUCUCAAGUACCACAUCCCAUAUUACUGGCCCGAGGUAGGGGAAAUAUUAUGUGAGAAGGAACUAAUGACAUGUUAAAUAAGAUACUGUCAGUUGUCCGAAAAUAUAACCAAUAAAAUUGUCUAUCUUCCUUUUAUAGAAUUAACAUUUUGAUUAGUUUCAUUAGUAUUUAACCUUUUUUGAUAUUACAUUAUUCGUUGGUACAACUACUCAUGAAGAGUCAAAGCCUUCAACAGUUAGAGCAGCCAGUUUCUCUGUUUUAUGCUACUUCCUAACAACUCCUUUGUCUUAUCCCUUCUGAGCACUGCCUAUCUUAGUAAUCCAAUCUUCAUUAAAUAUAUGACAUCAAAGUCAUCGUAGAGAUUCAUUAAUUCGGCAUUUUUUUUCUCAGUCUCUAUAUGCCUUUUAUAAACUUUGACUUGAUGGCUCAAGUGCUUUGGUCAACGUACGACACUUGCAAAUUUGAGUAAGUACCUGAUUAGGGUCUUGAUACAUAUCUUGGUGAUGCUAGAGAACGAUUUGUUUGUUUUAGGUAUCUCUGAAGCCCUAUUAGCACUACAAUCCGCUUUGGCUGCAAAUUAUAAAAAUAAAUUCCUCUAUACAUUUGAAGUCUCCGGAUUUAAAUCUUCCUACAACAUAUUCUCUUCUUUUUACGAUUGCAGAGCGUAUACUUUGUUUUGGACUAGUUCACCUGCAAUCAAACUUUAGGUGUUGAAAUGGGAUGUACCGUCAUUUUUAAUAUGAUAAGGUACAUAUGAUUGGGUAUUUGAAAUGAACAAGUGGACUGUAUUGAAAUUAAAUAUAAUUAUAUUUAAACAGUAUAUAAAGAUGGGGGUUUGGCUUAUAAAUGUUCUACAAUCGUUUACUUGAUGCUGAGGUACGGUGGUCGGCCGGCUGCUACACUUCUCAUCUCCAUGUGUCCAGUAGGUCUCGGUGUUCUACUCCAUGCCUCUUCCCAUGAUAGAACAGCAAGAAAGGUGGUCUUGAAGAGGAUAGAGUGUUCGUCUACUUCUCCGUGUGGUUUCAGUCGCCCAUUUUUUCUCCUAUUACUAGUUUUUUGGUGCAU